CACUGCCGUCGGCUUACUUUGGAAAGCGCAUAGGGCUUUGAAACUACUUAUCCCGUCAUGCUCAGCUGUUCAACAGAUCAACCUGGGAGCCUGUGUCCCCUAUCCUGCGUCAUGAGACACGUGCAGACUUCUUCCAGGGCUGUAUCAACUUCUGCCAGUGGAUUGAAGCCAAGCAUUUCCAAGGGUCACAUGCACACCCGGGUUGUUGGAGCGCGCAAAGUGCGAAUCCCUGAGAGAGAGGUCCCUGCAGCUAGAUCAAAAAUGGCAUGUACCCCCCACUUCAACCUGCAACCCCAGGAACGCCAGGCAUUUUACAGACUGCUGGAGAGUGAUCUCAUACAAGAGUUCCUUUCCAUGGAUGGCUGUCUGCGGAUAUCUGACAAGUAUCUGAUUGCCAUGGUGCUAGUGUAUUUUAAGAGAGCAGGCCUGUACACCAGUGAAUAUACCACAAUGAACUUCUUUGUUGCCCUGUACCUGGCAAAUGACAUGGAGGAAGAUGAAGAAGACUACAAGUACGAGAUUUUUCCCUGGGCUUUGGGUAGCUCAUGGCGUGAGCUGUUCCCAAAGUUUCUGAGACUGCGGGACAACUUCUGGGCUAGAAUGAACUAUCGAGCAGUUGUGAGUCGGAGGUGCUGUAUUGAGGUGAUGUCAAAAGAUCCAUCUCACUGGGCAUGGCUCCGGGAGCGUCCUAUUCACCACAGUGGAGCCAUUCGUGGCUAUCUCAGGAACGAGGACUUGUUCCCCCGUGGUCCUGGCUUCACACCCACCAGCUGCAGUCUAUGCCAGGGAGCCAGCCCAUGCAAUUCUGAUGAAGCUGCUGCCCCCAGCCCAUCACCAGAGCAAAACUCCUUUUCAUUAACAAAUGAAGAGUGGUCACAGCAUUUCAUCCUUCCACCAGAACUGCAGGAUCUUCAGGCAUCAUAUGAUAUUCACAUUAUCAUUUUUAGUACUCCAGGAACCACUGGUUGGAUCGGAACCUGGAGGAACAGCUCUCGAUUGGCAACUCUAGCAGGAAGAGAACCACUGGUCCUUUGCCUGUCUGACGCAUUGAGUGGACAAGUUAUCUCAGGGCUGCCAUGAAGUGUGACUGGGAUAAAGGGAAAGCUUUCUCUGCAUAAAGCACUUUCAAGUCUACUUAAAUUGUUUCUGUAAAUAAGAUGUCAAUAUAUUUGCACACAGUGGUCUGGUUACAAAGAUCACCAGGUAUGCACACACUGCCAUUAUAAAUGUAGUUAUUUAAAUCCAGCUCACAAUUUCAUAUCAAAUUGUAAACAUGUAAACUAAACGGCUGUUUAA